CGAGUUCCUCUGCUGUUAAAAGGCUCACAGCAAUGCAUUUGCUCACGGACAUGAAGCUCUUAUACUGCGUCUACGCUCCGCGUAGCCUAACGAUCAUAGUUUUUCUUUCGAUUAAAACGGAACACAAGUGCGCGUGAUUCAGAUAUAGGAUAUAGUAACAGGGGUUGUACAAAAAGGAAAGUUAUUGAGGGCAUCCUAGCUUGAUUUUUAUGUGACAUUAUACUAUUUUAGUAACUUACAAUAUUUACAACAAAACUCGUAAUCCGGGAGCGUAUGUGACCGGUGCGUAAAAAAGGCCACGACGCUUUAAAAAAAGUUAUUAUCGCCUGAUGUUGGGCUUCUGGUUAGGUCUGGGUAAAACUACGAACAAGUUUGUAUAGUGGUCCACAUGCCUGUUUUGUAGAUUUUGUGCAUGUCUGAAAUAAGUUGGGACUCUUUUGUACGUAUCUGGAUUCAGAGUAACAUAUGGCGUAAAGAGGAGCACAGCUGGAGGUAGCGUUUCCAUUGCGGUGAUGUCAGAGCAGCUGACUCCACAGCUUGCAGUGUAAUUAGCAAACAGAGCACCAGUUUACUCUCUCCCUUGGCUUAUUUCUUAACCUUGCCCGGUGGGCUAGUACAACUAUCCAAAUGCCUGCGUUUUGCACUUCUCUAUGUUUGCGUGCUCGGUAUCAAAUGAUUGUUCAGUAAACACGAACAGCCGAAGAGCAACCGGGUUUUUUUUGUUCGUGGAAACGUGCGUACGACUGUUUGUACUCGGUCUGCCCGUUGGUUUCACGUUCCGGUGGGAAGCGCAAAAAAGUAAUGCUCAAUUAAGAAGACUUUUUGAUAGCUGAAGCGCAAGGUUAUGAAGGAAGAAUGGAGUUCCCAGACCAUAGCCGCCAGUUGCUGCAGUGUCUGAGUCAGCAGCGUCACCAAGGUUUCCUGUGUGACUGCACUGUUCUCGUCGGGGAGGCGCGAUUCAAAGCGCACAGAGCCGUGCUGGCCUCAUGUAGCAUGUACUUCCAUCUCUUCUACAGGGACCAGCUAGACAAAAGGGACGUUGUGCAUCUGAACAGUGACAUUGUGACAGCCCCUGCUUUCAGCCUGCUCCUUGAGUUUAUGUAUGAGGGGAAGCUGGACUUCAGUACCCUGCCAGCGGAGGAUGUCCUGGCAGCCGCUAGCUACCUCCACAUGUAUGAUAUAGUGAAGGUGUGUAAAGGGAAGCUAAAAGAUAAGGAAGUGUGCUGUCUGGAGGACAAGGCAGGCGAGGGGGCAGAGCUCAGCUGCCUGGACAGGGAGAAUUCCUCCGACGAUGAGCUGCACAGCAAGCUGUUGCCCCCCCGGCAGGCCAGGGCCCCCCGGAGACCCCCCCCGGCAGAGGAGCUUGACAUGGACAACAGCGACGUCAGGCUGGCUGUCACAGGCUGUGACAGGGCCGUGCAGAGCAGGCAGAAGGCGAACGGUCACCCUGGCAGGUCCCCGGACCUUGUAGGUGUCAAUUAUGUGUCAGCAGAGGCCGAGCCCUGCGUCCAAACAGCUGGAAAAACAAAAGCUGAUGUCAGUAGUUCCACGGUAUCGCUGUCCCUGAGGUCCAGGGCUUCAGAUGACAUGGACUGCGCACUGGAUUUGUCUUUCAAGCCUCUGUGUAGCAGAGAUGCCUUCCACCCUUCCUACGUCUCGGGACAGCUGGCCCUCGACAACCAGCAGCAGGGCACGGAGCCACUUGUUAAAGACGAACACGACUUGCUGUCAGAGCAGGAGGACAGUGAGCCGGUGAGCCCAGAGAGCCUGCGCUUUGGGAAUAGUGCCAGGAGCUCAGCGGUGACAGGGUUCGCUGCCCUCUUCCCCGGCAACAACGGCACGGCGACCGCUCUGCUCUCCCGGGAGGAGGACCUGAUGGGGGAGGAGGGGGAGGGCUGCGGGGGAAGGGAGGCCGGCAGGGAGGUGGAGGAGAGGAGGGGCCGGCUGCUGGGGGACAGCGAGGAGGAGGAGGAAGACGACCUGGCCUCCUCAGACAUCUCCACGUCCAGCGGGGUGCUCCUGCCCCCGGGGCAACAGGUGUGCGUGUGCCCCCUCUGCAGCAAAGUGUUCCCCAGCCCCCACGUGCUGCAGCUCCACCUCAGCUCUCACUUCCGUGAGAAGGACGGGGCGCGCUCCAAGCUGUCGCCGGACGGCUCUGUGCCGACCUGCUCCCAGUGUGGGAAGACCUUCUCCUGCAUGUACACGCUGAAGCGCCACGAGCGCACGCACUCUGGCGAGAAGCCCUACACCUGCGGCCAGUGCGGGAAGAGCUUCCAGUACUCCCACAACCUGAGCCGCCACGCCGUGGUGCACACGCGAGAGAAGCCCCACGCCUGUAAGUGGUGCGAGAGGCGCUUCACGCAGUCAGGAGACCUGUACCGCCACAUCCGCAAGUUCCACUGUGGCCUGGUCAAGACUCUCGCCAUAGGAUAAACGCCCGCUUCCCCCGGGGCCUGACAGGAAACCCUCCUGUCCUUUACUCACUAUGACUAGAGCACACCGGUUCUCAGCUGGACACAUACAUAUACAAAUAGUACAACACAUAUCAUUCUGGAAUUCUAACCUAUGUGGCAUUUCUGAAAUCAUAAUUAGACAGCGACUUGGAUUGUUCACUACAUGAUUUCCAGUUCAGUUUGAUCCAGCUGGACCCUGGUCGGAGAGCAGGGAGACUGAGUGCUUUUCUACUUUAGUUGGAUACACAGUGAAGGAGGAUCAGAUGCACUUGUUCAUUUCUGUCUAGGUAGCAGACAUGUAUUUAGAUUGAUGAAGAAAACACUCCACACUGAUGAAAGAACAACAUUUUACAUCCAUAUUUCGAGGGCGAGUGAGUGAAAGCUGAAGGACUGUAACAGUCCUUUGAGGAUCCAGUCGUUGGGAAGACAGAACCGUCCGAGAAAAGCAAUAUUUUAUUUUAAAACAGAAACAUUAUAUAUUUAUUAGUUGAUGGUUGAUUAGCUAUGGUUAACAACCUAAAUAUCCCAAGGCAGCAAAAUACAUAAAGUUUGACUACUGGAAGUUUGGGUUUGUCUGUAGACAGUUUUCUUUCUUUUUUUUUAAGGAAAUCGGGCCACAGUUUUAUGUUCCUUAGAGAUGAUGGCCACCCAACAGGUUAUUUCAUCUUCAGUUUGAUAAAAAUAAUAUACUUUGCUGCGAUGGCACUCCAAUGUUAAAAACAACCUCUCUAUCAAGCUGUGUGAACACCUGUAGUGUAUUGUAUGGUCCUCUCGCCCUUGAUCUGAAGAUAAGGAGAAUGUUGAAAGAAUGCAGCUAAUUCCUGUAACACUGGUGCCUACUUCUACUGCUUCACACUCCGGAGGCACCAGUACAGGACCUCCCACUGUGCUACCUGUCAGGACCCUAAAGAAGAUCACCUUUUUUUGGACUGUGCACAAAUACAAGGAAAUUAUUUGGUAGCUCUGGUCUUGGUGGUAUCUGUUAGUUGUAGAAUACCAAGUCAUUCAAGAAUGUAAUAACUGUAAUAUCUGUAUUUAUGUCAAUUUUUGCCACGUAGUUGAUUAUCUUCCUGUAAAAGUAGAAGUUAUCUGAGCACUUCCUGGUACUGCGGCGCUAGAAAAGAAAGUGUAAAUUGGGAAAGUUAUGCUAAAGGAAAGAGAAGUUGAAGAGGGAGGGUUGAGACUACACAGCUACACUGGGAGUCAGCUGCCUGUACUGUACGUUCAUCAGAAUUCUUCCUCCUAAAAUGCAACAUUUGUUUCUACUGCUUUGGCCGUCAGGUUUGUGUUAUCCUAUAUUUUGUUUAUUCUGUUUGUGUGUUAGAUACUACUGAAGUUUGGAGUGAAGCCUUUGAUAGUACUUAUCUAAAAGGAAUCUGUUUCAGCCCCCUCUUGUUUUAGAACAGUGAAAUAGUUUGUCUUUGUGGAUGUUUGGUUCACUUCGAUGCUAAAUGGAUUCUUACAAUGGGACUAGCACUAACAGUCUAAGAUAUUCACUGAAUCUGUCCUGAGAAGACUUGAUCUGAAUUAUUUAUUAGUUUUACUUGGUUCAGGGUUUACUUUAGGUGUGAUCAGUCAAGUUUAGCUCAUUUCUAUAAGCUUGAAGACUUGGCCUUUCUUGUUGGUACUCGUUCACUGGUUUUGGGGCUGUUUCCUGUUUCCUGAUCCAAUUACUGUAACAGAUCAGGCCUUUACUGUAUCUUACACAAAACUCUUAAAUUGAGUAUUCAAGGUUUGUCUCAUACAACAUAGAAAAGCACUUGUUUUAAGCAUUUAGUUUCAACACUGACAUUGUCUAGGCUGCUAUUUCUUACGAUUUGUAUAUUUAAUGUAAAUAUAUAUUCUAUUUAUCAGACUUGUUUCGCUGUAGUAGAAGAACAAGUGGAGUUGGCGAUGCUAGGUGUCUUACUGAAGCAUCAGGCUCCUCGGUCAGAGUCCCGUCUUCCGUGGAGAGUUCAGUUUCUUCUCCUGUUGGCUCCUGUAUCUCAGCGUAUCAGAACGCCUCAUGACCCCUGUUCCAGGAGGGCAGCCGUUUGUACUCAAGCACAAGUACAUUGGUCAGGUAUAGCCUACCGAUACAAGUCACACAAUCCCUGCAUUGUUCCGCCGUACCAGGUAGUCCUCAAGGGAUCAUUGUGCAUCCCUGCUUCUGGAUGUGGAGGGAACCAGGCACUGCAAGUCCCUCUGUGCAAGAUGCGAGAAAUGUAUUUAGCACAGUGGAGACCUGGGAGACUUUAAACAGGUGCUGGAAGCAUCAGAGGACAUCUCUACUCUCGGCAUGUAGUGGAUGUGCUUCGCUGACCUGUGUGUAGAGAAUGCAACACGGGGAUCUCAUUGCACAUUUAUCAAAAUAAUCUCUUAUUUGUUAGUUUAUUGCCUCAAUUGUCAGAUCUUCUUGCCAGAUUUCAAAACACGUUUUAUAAACUGUAUAGAAGAGGGAGGAACCCGCUUUGCCCUUACAACUUUUAGUGGAUAUAGAACUCAGAAUCAUCUCCUGUAUAACAUUAAAUAGUAACAGUAUUUCAUCAUGAUUGUGUAUGUUUUUUCAUAUAUAGGUGUUGUGUAGUGUUGAUGUGUGAUCAGAACACACAGGAAUGUAGGGGAAGGGUUGUCUCACUUUGGGAAAGAGGUUUCUUACACAAUGCAGUUUAUUGGUCAUUGAAUUACUGAUGUACACUUGCAGCUGUAUAGGCGUGUAAAACUUGAUUUAAGAUUUGAAGAAUCUUCUGUUAGUUUUUCAGUAAUUCAUACCUCCACGGUCCUCACCAUGUGCCUUGUAGACACAAUGACAAGUGUAGCACCUGGAGUUGCCCUAUUUUGUACACCGUCAAUUAACCAGAGUUUGAUGUAGUAAAGUUGGGUCCAUUCAAACAGUAACCCAGUGAUAAGAUUAAGGAAACCGUAUGUUUUCUAUUUUCUAUUAAAUGAAAAUGCAAUCUUCAAAAGUCAAUAACUAAGAAUGGUGAAGCCCAUUAAUUUUUGCUGCUGUUGAUCACGAUUAGGUUUGAGUUUUGCUACUGAUGGAUACAUUUGAAGCUGUUUAUUUUCUGUUUAUAUGUGGAGUUCAGUCAUGUUGAACUCAAGACGAAGGUUUUGUCCUGCUGUACAGUGAGUGCAGUCCAUUUGUAGGAAUUAAAGUAUGUUUCAUAGAUUAUGUCAAGUUGAAUGUGAAAUGCUGAGAUUUUAAUCAUGAAAUGUAUGACAAUUGUGGGGCUAUGUUUUCCUAAUUGCUGUAGGAUUGUAAAGUCUAAAACUGAAUAUAAGGUUACAUUAAUACUGGAAUUUUGUCCUUUGCAGGUUAAGACUGUGAAAUUGUGUAUAAUCAUGAGAAAUAUUUAUUGAACUGUUUCUUGUGCAACAUUUGACUGUCUCACAAUUUUGAUUUGUAAAAAAUGAAAGAUGCUACUAAAUGUCAUUGGAAAUCUUUUUAAUAGAAUUUGUAGAAGUGCCAUUAGAAUUUAAUAUAAUUUUUUAAUAAGAAAGGUAUAUUUUAUAGUAAUCAAUUGCUUCAGUGUUAGUGGUUUAUAGAUUAGGGGACAAUCUCAUGCAGAACUGACAUUGCUUAGAUCUUGAGGCAAUUUACUUUUGAUCCGUAAUUGUUUGUGCAUUAUUUUUGUUUGCUCUUUCAGAGUGCUUGUGUGUGCCGUGGAGAUGUGACAAUCUUGGUUUAGGUUUAUAAAGAUUAUGCUUAGAUUAAACAGAACACUUUUCUGCA